AUGAUACUUACUUCAGAAAUAGAGAUCUCAGGGCCUGUGGUUUCUGGACAGAAGAGAUCUGCCCUUCAAAACCAAAUCGCUGAGCCUGUCACCUGUGUUCCAGGAGCUGAAAUGUCGUCCUCAGCCAUACCAGAUGUACCUGUCCCACUCACCAAUUUGAAGUUUCAAUAUACUAAGAUCUUCAUAAACAAUGAAUGGCAUAGUUCAGUGAGUGGCAAGAAAUUUCCGGUCUUUAAUCCUGCAACUGAGGAGAAACUGUGCGAGGUAGAAGAAGGAGAUAAGGAGGAUGUUGACAAAGCAGUGAAGGCCGCAAGACAGUCUUUUCAGAUUGGCUCUCCAUGGCGUACUAUGGAUGCUUCAGAGAGAGGACGGCUAAUAAACAAGUUGGCUGAUUUAAUCGAAAGAGAUCGUCUGCUCCUGGCAACAAUGGAGUCAAUGAAUGGUGGAAAACUAUUUUCCAAUGCAUAUCUGAUGGAUUUAGGAGGCUGUAUAAAAACAUUACGCUACUGUGCAGGCUGGGCUGACAAGAUCCAGGGCCGCACGAUACCCAUUGAUGGAAACUUUUUUACUUAUACAAGAAAUGAGCCUAUUGGUGUGUGUGGCCAAAUCAUUCCUUGGAAUUUCCCAUUGGUCAUGCUCAUUUGGAAGAUAGGGCCUGCCCUCAGCUGCGGAAACACAGUGGUUGUGAAACCAGCAGAGCAAACCCCUCUGACUGCUCUUCACAUGGCAUCUUUAAUAAAAGAGGCAGGGUUUCCUCCUGGAGUAGUGAAUAUUGUCCCUGGUUACGGGCCUACUGCAGGGGCGGCCAUUUCUUCUCACAUGGAUGUAGACAAAGUGGCCUUCACAGGAUCAACACAGGUUGGCAAAAUGAUCAAAGAAGCUGCUGGGAAAAGCAAUCUGAAGAGGGUGACCCUGGAACUCGGAGGAAAAAGUCCUUGCAUUGUGUUUGCUGAUGCCGACCUGGACAGUGCUGUUGCAUUUGCACACCACGGGGUAUUCUACCACCAGGGCCAAUGUUGUAUAGCUGCAUCCCGGCUCUUUGUAGAAGAAUCAAUUUAUGAUGAGUUUGUUCGAAAGAGUGUUGAGCAGGCUAGAAAGUAUGUUCUUGGAAAUCCUCUAACCCCAGGAGUCAAUCAAGGCCCUCAGAUUGAUAAGGAACAAUAUGAAAAAAUACUUGACCUCAUUGAAAGUGGGAAGAAGGAAGGGGCCAAACUGGAGUGUGGCGGAGGUCCAUGGGGGAAUAAAGGCUACUUUAUCCAGCCCACGGUUUUCUCAAAUGUUACUGAUGAGAUGCGCAUUGCCAAAGAGGAGAUAUUUGGACCAGUGCAGCAAAUCAUGAAGUUUAAAUCUUUAGAGGAUGUAAUCAAGAGAGCAAACAAUACUUUCUAUGGCUUAUCAGCAGGAAUUUUUACCAAAGACAUUGAUAAAGCCAUCACAGUCUCCUCCGCUCUGCAGGCCGGGACAGUGUGGGUUAACUGCUAUAGUGUGGUAUCUGCCCAGUGCCCCUUUGGUGGAUUCAAGAUGUCUGGAAAUGGUCGCGAACUUGGAGAAUAUGGUCUCCAUGAAUACACAGAGGUCAAGACGGUCACAAUCAAAAUUUCUCAGAAGAACUCAUAA